CAAUAACCAUACGUCGAGCGCAGGUUAGGGGCACACGGUGUCGACGGUGUCGCGGUGCGUGCGUUGGAGGUUAUGUCCCCUCUCGUCUCCGUAUUUUGAAUAAGUAGCCGAACUGGUAGCCCGAUUGCUAUCAGGUCUGCCGCAAUAUGCGAGACAAUGCGAUAUUCCGGCGAUAAGACGCGGCGGCAGUGACGUAAGCGUAAUCCAAGUGAGUCAUGUGCAUACUCAAAGCAUGGUUGUCACGCAGCGAAAGAUGAAGCAGAUUGCACUCUUCGCGGUUUGCGUAUUGUUAGUACUCGGCUUCUACAAAACUUUGGUGAACACGGAAGAGGAACAUUCUUUCAUUCGCGGUCGAAUCCACAGAUUGGACAAGGUAAACAGAGAUAAGGACGGCCUAAAUGAUAAGAACGUCAUCGUGACUCAGAAGAUAGGCAAUGCCGACGAGGACGACGGGGACAUCAAGGACAUCGAAGAGGCGAAGAUGCGCAUCCGCGAGAUGGAGGGCAAGCUGCAGCACCUCGAGGCUGCGAUCGAGAACAGGGUGUCGAAGGACUUCCCAACGGUGAAGUUCCUGAAUUACAAGAACCGAAAACGAAUACUGGUGACGGGCGGCGCGGGUUUCGUCGGCUCUCACCUGGUCGAUCGUCUGAUGCUGGCCGGACACGAAGUCAUAGUCGUCGACAAUUUUUUCACCGGCAGAAAGCGCAACGUCGAGCACUGGGUCGGUCACGAGAACUUUGAACUGGUGCACCACGACAUUGUGAGGCCGCUCUAUCUGGAAGUCGACGAGAUCUAUCAUCUCGCCAGCCCGGCCAGCCCGCCGCACUACAUGCUAAAUCCCGUGAAAACGAUCAAGACGAAUACGUUAGGCACUAUAAACAUGCUGGGACUUGCGAAACGAGUGGGCGCGCGAGUGUUGAUCGCGAGCACGUCGGAAAUUUACGGAGAUCCCACCGAGCAUCCGCAGGCGGAAACCUACUGGGGUCACGUGAAUCCGAUUGGUCCACGGGCAUGCUACGACGAAGGCAAACGAGUCGCCGAGACAUUGAGUUACGCUUACAUGCGACAGGAAGGCGUCUCGGUCCGAGUCGCGCGAAUCUUCAACACUUUCGGGCCGAGGAUGCACAUGAACGACGGUCGCGUUGUGUCGAACUUCAUCCUCCAGGCGCUGCAAAAUGAAUCGAUCACGAUUUACGGUAGUGGCAAGCAAACGCGAUCGUUUCAAUACGUCUCCGACCUGGUAGACGGAUUAGUCACGUUGAUGGCGUCUAAUUACACCUUACCCGUGAAUAUCGGGAACCCCGUGGAGCACACGAUCGAAAAAUUCGCGCGUAUAAUAAAAGACCUGGUGGGCGCCACCAGCGAAAUAGUGGAGCUCGCGGCGGUCGAGGACGACCCGCAGAGAAGAAGACCGGACAUCAGCAGAGCCAAGAAGUAUUUGAACUGGGAGCCGAAGGUCCCGCUGGCCGAAGGCCUCAAGAAAACGAUAAUAUACUUCGCGAAAGAGUUACGAAGGACAGAACAUUCUCAGAAAAGUAGCUUUAAGCAGUCUUCUUACAAAAGCGAUCACGACAUAGUGGAGCAGCUUUAGGGGAGGUCAAGUGUAACGCGAUACGUUAUUUGAUGUAUCCACUUUCAGAAGUGGCGUGAAAGUGCCAUUAAGCUAUGGACCAGCAUGUGCCAAAAUAUCCCCGUCCAACUUGAAUUUUACAUAAUUUAUAUACACGGCAAUGGGUAUACACUUCUUACACAAUGCACGGCUACCGAUCGGUCUCGAGCCGUUUUUCCUAUCGCAUACGCGCCGUGUGUUCUUCGUGUAGAAGUCAUAAUCUGAAGAUACAUCUCUUUUAUUUCUUUCUCCAUGACUGUGCACUAUUUUUAUGCGAUUUUGAGAUUUCAGAUUUUCUAUUUAUUAGUCCUUUUUUUUCUUGUAUGCGCGCGUGCACACACAUACACACAAAUCUGUAAAUAAACGACAUCUACUCAUCA